AAAAACAUGAACCUUGGUACGGACCUUGGUUCGGACUUUCAUGUGUGAAAACGCCCUUAGAUUCACUGCCAAACGUGCUGCCAGUAUGGAGGGAGAGGCCCUCUCCGCCCUGUGUACCCCUGCUCUAGUGGUGGAUAUAGACAAAGUGAAGAGAAAUGCUGAGAGGAUGAUCAAACGCUGUCAGAAUUUGGGGGUCCAGCUUCGGCCGCACAUGAAGACCCACAAAACACUUGAGUGUGCUGACAUAAUGACGGGUGGAUCACGGAGGUGCAUUGUGGUUUCCACAAUGGCAGAGGCCUGUUUUUAUGCCGACCACGGAUUUGAUGACAUCCUCUAUGCAUACUCUCUUCCCUUUGAUAAGGUGGAGCGCUGUGCAGCCCUGUCAGAGAGGCUGGAUCUCUUCCAAGUUUUACUGGAUCAUCCUCAUGCUCUGGAGCAGCUCAAAAAGAGACCACUGAGAGACGGUCGGCUCUGGCACGUCUGGCUCAAACUCGACUGUGGAAACGGGAGAGCUGGUGUCCUGCACUCAGAACCUGAGGCACUCAGAUUGGCUCAGGCCAUUGCCGAGACGGAGGGCGUGGAACUAACAGGAGUGUACGCUCACUGUGGGAACACCUAUAACUGCAGAGGAGUUGAGAAAAUACAGGCUGUUGCCCAGGAAACCACUGACUUGACUCUGCAGUUCAUGGAAAAACUAAAGGCUGUUGGCAUCACCUGUAAAUCAAGCAUUGGCUCCACCCCUUCCUGUAGUCACCCAGUCAAAGACAUGGCACAGCUCAGCGAGGUGCAUCCUGGAAACUAUGGCUUCUAUGAUGUGCAGCAGUCUGUGAUUGGCUCGUGCAGUCUGGAGGAUGUGGCUGUGAGAGUUUUGACGAGAGUCAUCGGACACUGUCCUCACAGGAACCAGCUCCUGAUUGACUGUGGAUGGAGUGGACUCAGUCUAGACGGAGCUGGAAAACUUCCCACUGGAUAUGCUGUGAUUGAAGGACACCCAAACCUUAAGUUGUUGUCUAUGACCCAGGAGCACGGUAGAGUGGAGCCCAUCUCAGGACUGCUGGACUACAGCAAAUACCCCCUGGGCUCUCUGCUCACACUGAUCCCCUACCAUUCGUGUGCAACUGCAGUGAUGCAUCCCGUGUACCAUGUGCACUCUGAGGGCCGUCUGCUGGGGAAGUGGACACCAACACGCGGGUGGUGAACAGCUAGCCAACUGUUCACUCAUACAUGACCUUGUUAGGAUAGCUAAAUGAACACUGCAGAAGGACUUCUUGGAGCUGCUCAUGUCACCUGUAGUUCAUUCCAAAAUACAAGUGUAGAGGUAUUCCAAACCACUGAUUAAGUAAUACGUAGUACUUUUUCUAGACCUAUUCCACAAGUGUUUUAUCUAAAGCAAUGUGGGGGGAAAUAUAGAAAAAAAACACAUCUGUAUGCUUUUAAAUGAUUGAAAUAAAAAUAAAAACUUUUGGACCAUG